AUGGCCAAACGAAUCGAACAAUGGGAAGUCGAGCGAUACUGGGAGAUCUUCUCAUCACUCGCCAACGGCCAGUCCCGUCUCAACAACUCCCAAGCCGCCAGCGUGCUCCGCAACAGCCGAUUACGAGAUGACCAGCUCGAGAAAGUAUGGGAUUUGGCGGAUGUGGAUGGAGACGGAGAGUUAGAUUUUGAGGAGUUUUGUGUUGCGAUGAGGUUGAUUUUUGAUCUUGUUAAUGGGGAAUACCAAGAAGUCCCACGAGCAUUACCGGAUUGGCUCAUUCCAGAAUCAAAGGCGCAUUUGGUUCAGGCAAGUGCGGCAUUGACCGGGCGCCAGGAACAGUUUGAGCGGAUAGAAGAUGAAGACGAUACACCCGGUCUAAAGGAUGGGUUUGACUGGUAUAUGAGCCCGGCCGACAAGGCGAAAUACGAGGAGAUUUAUAGUGCGAACAAGAACCAUCGCGGCGAGAUUACAUUUGACUCAUUACAACCUCUUUACGACUCCCUUGACGUUCCCGACACUGAUAUCAGAUCAGCCUGGAACCUAGUGAACCCGGCGGCAUCAUCAUCCAUCAACAAGGACGCCUCCCUCGCCUUCCUUCACAUCCUGAACUUCCGCCACGAGGGCUUCCGCAUCCCUCGCACCGUCCCCCCAUCUCUCCGCGCAUCCUUCGAAUCCAAUAAAAUCGACUACCAAGUCGACAACGUCCGCCCCGCGCAAAAAUGGGGCGCAGACGGCGACACGGAAACCACCACGGGCCGCAAGGCGAAAUUUGGAGAUACGUAUCUGAGUCGGUUGGGUGUGAAAUCCACGUAUCGACCACAGGGUACGGAUUUUAGUAAUACCAUCCAAGACGAGGAGUGGGAGAAAGUCCGUCUUCGGCGCGAAUUGGCGGAACUCGAACAGAAACUGGAAGCUGCCAAUCGCGUUUCGGACGAGCGACGAAGUGGUGAUGCGUCUUCAUCUACGCGCCAGGACGGGCGACCGAAUUGGGCGAUUAUUAAAAAGGAGGCUUUGCAGUUACUAGAGUAUAAAGAGCGAGAGUUGCGUGAGAUGAAGGAGGGGACGGGUCGGACGAAAGAUGGACAGGAUCUAGAGCGACUAAGAGAGGAUAUCAAGACGGUGGCGGAUCAGGUGGAUGGGUUGAAGGAUCAUCUUGAUAGGCGGAAUGAGGUGUUGGCGGAGUUGAGGAGGCAGAUUGAGGAUGAGAAAGCUAGCCGGUGA